AUGGUAAACAAUUGGAUUGAACUUGAGCCAGAGGUGGUGGAAGUGGCCACCAUUCACAGCGUCAAGAGCAAUUACGACAGCGUCCUGGCGUGCAUGUGUAGCCAGUUAUGGAUACACAUGCCCCAGUGGCAGCAGGUACCCAAUUAUAGAGCGUGCAAUAAUAGCCGUAAUGGCGAUAAAGAAGACUUAAUUAUCCAGCAUGCAUCAUCUGCGCGACAAUGUGUGAGUCCCAGGUCACAACUUACAGCCGUCCAGGUCACAACUUACAGCCGUCCAGGUCACAACUUACAUCCGUCCAGGUCACAACUUACAGCCGUCCAGGUCACAACUUACAGCCGUCCAGGUCACAACUUUCAGCCGUCCAGGUCACAACUUACAGCCGUCCAGGUCACAACUUACAGCCGUCCAGGUCGCAACUUUCAGCCGUCCAGGUCACAACUUACAGCCGUCCAGGUCACAACUUACAACCGUCCAGGUCACAACUUACAGCCGUCCAGGUCACAACUUUCAGCCGUCCAGGUCACAACUUACAGCCGUCCAGGUCACAACUUUCAGCCGUCCAGGUCACAACUUACAGCCGUCCAGGUCACAACUUACAGCCGUCCAGGUCACAACUUACAGCCGUCCAGGUCACAACUUACAACCGUCCAGGUCACAACUUACAGCCGUCCAGGUCACAACUUACAGCCGUCCAGGUCACAACUUACAACCGUCCAUGUCACAACUUACAGCCGUCCAGGUCACAACUUUCAGCCGUCCAGGUCACAACUUACAGCCGUCCAGGUCACAACUUUCAGCCGUCCAGGUCACAACUUACAGCCGUCCAGGUCACAACUUUCAGCCGUCCAGGUCACAACUUACAGCCGUCCAGGUCACAACUUACAGCCGUCCAGGUCACAACUUACAGCCGUCCAGGUCACAACUUACAGCCGUCCAGGUCACAACUUACAGCCGUCCAGGUCACAACUUACAGCCGUCCAGGUCACAACUUACAGCCGUCCAGGUCACAACUUACAGCCGUCCAGGUCACAACUUACAACCGUCCAGGUCACAACUUACAGCCGUCCAGGUCACAACUUACAGCCGUCCAGGUCACAACUUACAGCCGUCCAGGUCACAACUUACAGCCGUCCAGGUCACAACUUACAGCCGUCCAGGCCACAACUUACAGCCGUCCAGGUCACAACUUACAACCUUAACCUUGGCGUGUAA